AUGGCCUUUAAGAGGAUUUUGUACCGUCUGUACUUGAAAAUUGUGCUUGGCCAGAGGCGAGAGGUGGCCCAGGACCAGUCGGUCCUCAAAGACUGGACUCCCUCUCGACACGCCGGGGCUCCGCGCUUCACUGACUGGCCUCCCUACAAGACAGGGGGGCCUUAUCCUGGAGGGCCAGGGAGACGGCGAUCCCCAAAGACCCGUAGCCCAGCUGCAUGGGGCGGCGCGCAGAGGGGCCAUGAGCUGCACCCCGCCACGAAUGAGAGGCGGACGGGAGACGCUGAGGCCUGCGAGGGGGCACGCGCUAGUUCCACAGCCCGGCAGGCGAAAUGGAGGGUAGGCCGGGGUCCCGAGCCGCCAGCGGCUCGGGGUACGUCACUCACAAACUCACUGCAACGGCUGCAAACAGGAAGCACCAACCGGGAACCAAAACGCGUAGCAGGACGGGGAGGGGCGAGGACAAAUGAGUUAAGGAGGCCCCGUCCGCGCAGACCCGGGAGGAAGGAAGGCACUUCCGGGCACAACACAGCUCUCGGCACCGCCUUUCCGUCCCCGCCUACCUGCCGCGGCGUUUUGCACAUGCGUACUGGCUUUUUCUGCCCGCCCAUAAUAUUUAGGCAACAGAUUUAACACUUUGUGAAUCUUGAAGAGCUGCACUCCUGCUAAAUGUUGGAGUUAAUGAUGGUCCUUUGGAAGCCUCCGAAGGCUACGAGACUGUGAUGAGAGCCUCUGGCUUCAUUUGCCGUUCUCACAUCUUAUUUUAAUACUCAAGGUAAAUCCAUCUGUACAACUUUAGAAAUAACUGUCAAUCUAAAGGAAAAACUGAGGCAAAGUUAAUAUAAAUGGAGAAUUUAUUUGGGCCAAGUCUCAGGAAUGCAACCUGGGAGCAUCAAUUCAAGUUCCCCUUAAUACAUGAUCUUAGAAGCAGUUUCAAGUGAGUUCUUUGUUUUUUGGCCAGGCAGCUUGAACUAUUGGCUUGAACAGAUUGAUCCUUCCACCUCUGCCUCCUAAAGUACUGGGAUUACAGGCGUGGGUCACUGUACCCUGCUACAAGUGAAUUUUUAAAGACAAAAAGAGAAAAAAACAGGCUCUUGCUAAAUUAUAUGCCAGUAAUUUACAUUAAAAUAAC